AUGAAUAUUACGCUAACCAGCUUGGAAGCAUUAAUUUUAAAAGCAACGCACGAAUCGUUGCCACAGCCUGAUGCCGCUGCUUUAGAAGCGUUUUGUGCUAUAAUGCGGGACUCGGCUGAAGGUCCACAUUUAGCAGCUCAGGCUCUGGCGUCUCGUAUCCACGUCCAAAAUGCGCGUGAAGCUCUUUUAGCUCUGUGUAUGUUGGACCGCUGCAUGCGAAAGGGCGAUACGAAUUUUCAGGCUGAAAUUGGGAAAUUCCGAUUUCUAAAUGAAAUGAUAAAAUUAGUUUCCCCGAAGUACUUAGCUGACAGAACCGCAGCUGAAGUUAGAACUAGGGUGUUAACACUAUUGCAUGCCUGGUCUAUUGAAUACCCAAAAGAAACUAAGUUCAAAGUAGCAUAUGAUAUGUUAAAGAAUCAAGGUGUUAUCAAAGAUACACCACCACCCCUUCCUCCUGAGGAUGUUGCUACACGACCCAGGAUAAAGAAUGCAAUUUUUGAAGAUGACGAGAAGUCUAAAUUGCUGCAAAAACUCCUACAGAGCAAGAAACCAGAAGAUCUCCAACAUGCAAAUAGAUUAAUUAAAAGUAUGGUUAAAGAGGAAGAGAAAAGAAAUGAAGCCAACAGCCGUAGGGCAUUAGAAGUGAGUGCUGCUUUAGACAGUGCAGGAUUGCUUGGGGACAUGUUGGAUCAUGCUGCCGAGGCUUCUCCUGAUGAGGAACAGCUCAUUCAUGAAUUGCAUUCAAGCUGCGCUCGAAUGAGGCUUGUGUUACAACAACUCGCUGCAUCUGAUGCUCAAGCUGAGAAUCUUUCCGACAUUUUACACGCGAGCGACGCGUUGGACGUAGUUUUUGAAAAAUAUAACAAAUACAACAUAGACAAGAAGUAUAAAACUAAGUUGUCUGUCGCCAGUCAAGUUACACACAAUGAUGUCCUGUUAGAUUUUGCCGGCGGUUGCUCUACCAAAGAUAAUGAGAAACAAGACAAUAGAGUUAUUGAUGAAUUGGGAGACAUAUUUUCCAGUGAGGCUGCAAGUAAUAGUGUUGAGGUCCUAAAGCCAGUCAAUUUAAUGCAAAAUGAUGACCCAAGCCUCAUCGGCGAUAAACCUAGGAAGACAGAAGGCUGGAACGAGCUGGACUCUCUCGGAGAACAAUUACUGAAACAAUCGUUACCCAAUAACGCAAAACGCGUUGAAAGUUUCAACCAUAAAUCCUUCAAAAAGAUACCGAUGAAUGCCCUAGAAAAAGUAUCGCCUAAAGACGAGUGCCAACAGACUGAAGCACUUCUGGAUCUUGAUUUCUUCACAAAGAAACCAGAAAUUAAAAAACCGCAAGAGGCAUCCAUCACUCCAAAUGAUGAUGUAAUGGUGGAUAUCACAGAUACAAUUAUCAACAAUAACGUGAAUGUAAUUGAUAAAAUAUUCGAUUUGGUUCCUCCUGAGAAUACAAAUGGUGAAAGUGAAAAGGUUAAAAGUGAAGUGAAAUCAUUGUCAGAUAUAAAUGUGUCGUUACAAAGUAUUCAUCCGAGUAAAGUGGAACCUGUGACGGCAUUUGAAGAUGAUGGUGUGACGGUUGUUCUGCACUUCUGCAAGGACAAGCCGAGGCCAGAUGUUAGUGUCAUUGUUGUGUCUACGAGGAGUAAACAUGAAUCUCCAAUUGAAGAUUAUAAAUUUCAAGCUGUUGUUCCUAAGGGUUGCAAAGUUCGUCUCCUAACGCCAUCGAGUACUUCUCUACCAGCUUACAAUCCGUUCUUACCGCCGCCCGCACUAACACAGGUCAUGUUGAUCGCCCGCCCGCUCUCGAAACCGCAAAUCAAUCUCAAAUUUGUUCUCACUUACAGUUGUGAUGAUGAAAUGUUCUCUGAGAUGGGGGAAGUCGAGCAAUUACCACUGGAUAACGUAUAA